GGAGUAGAAGAAGAAGGAGUAGACGAAGAAGAAGAGGCGGCAGUGGCGGCUUCAAGAACUGCAUUUAUCAUGUGAUCAGUAUUGGCCUUUACUCUGCGAAGCCUACAUUGUUACAGCUAUCAAAGUAUUCGUACUUAAUAGCCAAGGGUUAAAUAUAGGAAUUAUACAGCGGGAUGUUCAAUCCACACAUCCAUCAUCAGCAGCAGCAGCAGCAGCAGCAGCAGCAGCGGCGGCAACAACAGUUACAACACCCCCGGCAGCUACAGCAACUUUACCAGCAACAGCCGCCGCCUCGCCCAGUGCAUCAUGUUGCCCAUCACCCUCGUCAGGCACAGCGACCCAUCCCAGUGCCCCGCCAGGCUGCCCCACUACCAUGGAUUGUUAACCUGCGCCAGGCAACUCAGACCACAAUUGCAUCCAACCUCGUGCUACAGAGGGCCUUGAUAAUGCAGCAGAUGCAACCUAGCAUGCAUGGCUCUCCAGUGGGUGGUCAGCAAUUUCGUCGGUUCUUCCCAGCUGGGGCCAGGUCCUCCCUACUUGGACCUGUUCCUAUGGGCAUGCCCAUGAGGUCUUCCAUGAUGGGCUACCAUGUCACCCGACACGUCUACCCCGAUGCUCGCUACAAUAGAAAUAACAGCACAGCUUCAACCUCCAUGGACAUGGCAGCUCGCCAGCAGGACAGGAAGAAAGACAAUAAGCAGAGCGCUGCAGGGGGUGGAGAGAGCCAAUCAGCAGCCAGUAGUACCAUUGACACCAAUAACAAGGCUGGAACAGAUGGAGCAGGAGAUUCAGAUGGACACAUGCAACCAGGAGAUUCAGAUGGACACAUGCAACCAGGAGAUUCAGAUGGACAUGAACAACCAGGAGAUUCAGAUGGACACGAACAACCAGGAGAUUCAGAUGGACACGAACAACCAGGAGAUUCAGAUGGACACGAACAACCAGGAGAUUCAGAUGGACACAUACAACCCACAGAAGAGAUUGCUGAAGAACCUGUAUCCAAAAAGAUGAGAACUGAGGGGUCAGAGGAGCUCAAUCAAGAAUCCAUUGCAGAGAGUGACAUAAGAGUUCCUACUCCAGAAUACAGCAAUGACACUGAGAAUUGCGAGUCUGUUGAGUGCAGCAGUCUGGAGGAAGGGGGUUUAGUUGCAGGAUCUGAGGCUGUUGUAGCACAGGAAGAGAGCAGCGCUGCUGAGGUACACGGUGAUGAAUGGGCCUUGUCACCUCCUGACAUGCUGAAUGACGAGAGUCAGUCAAUGGAUUUAGCUCUGGAGCAUACACCAGAGGAAAAAGGUAUCCCACUGGGAUCUCAAGGCAACCAGGAGGACGGUAAAGAGCAAGGAGUGGAGGAAGCCAACAAGUUCUGCUGCGGUUUCUGCGGCAUUACCUGCCACAAUCAGCAAGAUGGCUGGUCCCCUCAGACUGAUGUUACACUAAACAACAUGGCCCCGGAUGAGGAAUAUAAUCCGGACACAGUCUAUGGAUCUAAAUUUUUAGUUCCAGUGGCUGGUUUUAUCUGCAGGCUCUGUAAUAAAUUCUACAUAUUUGAGUCCUCUGCCCCUCAUUCACACUGCAAGUCCUUGAAACACUUCGAAAACCUGAAGAAAUACAGCAGUGCAUGCAGCCAAGCUGGCAACGCAGAGGGCUCUCGCAAGUGUACCACCGCCCAGGCAAUGCAGCCCACCAUCAAUAUUGUCCGAAUUAAGCUGCCAUCAGACACCCAGCCAAAGGACAAAAAAACAGAACCCACCUCAACACCACAGGACAUUCCAACGUCAUCAGCCAGCACCAGUUUCGCAGAACCAGAUCAUGAUCUCAACAGUUUAGAAGAGACCCCAUCCCAGGCCUCUGUAAGUCAGGCAAAUCCUUCUGAGUUGUCUGCCAGCAGUGAUGAACUAGGCUGUGAGGCAGCUGUGGCUGUUGAAGAGGCCAAGAAAAAGAACAAAGGAACUGCUGAUACACCACAGAAGAGUAUCACAGGGAAAGGGAAAGCACGUAAAAGGAAGUCAGGGAGAGUUGCAGCUAAACAUUGAAUUAAAGAAAGGAUGGGGAGAGAGGAUACUCAGUACAAUCUUUACUUGUAGGUCAGUUGGUCAGUUGUUGUUCCUUUUUUUUUUUUUUUUUGUAUAGUAAAGGCCACCACACCUGUGCAGAAGCAGAGCGGUGAGUGAAAUGGCUCAAGUCAUGUGCUGUCUUUAGCACAUAUAUGAAACACCAGCCGACGCCUGUUAAACAUGCUAUACCGGGGGCACCCCGGUGACUCACCUGGUAGAGUGCGUACCACAUAAGGCCAAGUCCUUACUGCAGCGGCCUGGGUUCGAAUCCGGCCCGGUCCCUUUGCUGCAUGUCAUCCCCUCUCUCUUUCCUGCCAAAAAAAAAAAAAAAAAACCUUAAAUUAAAAACUUGCUGUACCGAAAACAUAUUCCACUGGACUUGGUCGUGUGGCUAAUCUAAUCUCACAUGAAAAUUGCCGUAUAUUUCUUACUGCCCUGCAAAACUAGCAAAGUCCUUUUUGUUGUAGAGAAUAUGAAUCUGUAGGAGCACUGAAACCUGGAAAAAGAACAGUGUUAUGAGAAUUCAUAGCUCAUCAAGCAGACAUGUUUCAACUUGAUGUUAGAUACCACCAGUUUUGGGGGGGUUAUUUUGAAAUAAACAAGUGUUCUUGA